GCGGGAUACUGGCCAUUCCGGGUCCAGUCGCAACGGAGGGACGACGACGGGGAAAGGGGUGCGAGGGAAGGAGACAGGGGCGGGCGGAGUGGGAAAGAAGAGCCCAGGUCGGCGAUGGAGCUGUACCUCAGCGCCUGUUCCAAGGCUGCCGACGUCGCUGCCACCAAGACGGCCAACAGUAGCCUGGCCGCGGACAGCCAGCAAUGCGGAGACGGCGUGCACAAAACCCACUUACCAGGGGUCGGAGCGGGUCAACUACUGGAUCUGCCUCUUGGGGUCAAGCUGCCUCUGAUCCCAGGAAGCAAAACUUUAUACUAUACUACGAAGUUAAGUGAAAAGCUUUUUCAACCUUCCUACGGUUUUAACCUGACUGAUCCUUAUUGUCGACUUUUGGAAAACCAAUAUAAAAGUCUUCAUGAUCCACAUUUAAGAGCAUACUAUAAGCGCAAAGAUAUCCUGAGAAGAUUAAAGAAAGGUGGCUAUAUCACCAGCAAUAAUAAAAUUGUAUGUACCUUGAGAGAAUUGAAUAAGUACAGGCAGUAUCUUACCAGUUUAAAGUUAGACUUUGAAAGAAACUAUAUAAGAGAUCAAGAAAUGCUUGCAAAGCAAGUAAAUAGACUACAGGAAAACAGUCAAAUACCUAGACAUUCUGAUGUUGCACGGUUUCCAGAAUUUUUUGUUACAGGAAGGUACCCAAUCUAUAAGGAUCAGGAAAGAUUAAUAAGGCACAGAUAUUUGGUAUAUGAUAAUAGGGAAUUAGCACUUGAGCACACAGCAGAAGAGCAACGCCUAAUUCGGAUGGAUAGAGAAGAAAGACGACAGAGAGAAUACACAAGGAGAAAACUUAGUCUUCGUAGAAAAAUUGAAGAGGAAUGGAAGAAUAAAGAGAUGUUACUUCUGACAAGGAUUGGAGAAGAUGUUAAAAGAGAAGCUAGGAUAGAGGAACACGGCGUAGAAGCAGAGAAGAGAGUGGACAGGAAGAAACAAGCCCUUCUAGAGAAAAAAAUGGCUUAUCAUUUACAAAAAAUGCAAGAAAACGGCUUUAAAGGAGAAGAGAUGAGAAAUGACACAUUUCAUUACAGAGGACAAGGUGGAAUGUAUUGUGAAUCUUAUUCUCCGAAGAAGAAAAAGAAGACUUACAAUAAUAUAAACUUAAUUUACAAUGUUGGUGACCAGAGAGCAAGUAAAGAAGCAUAUGGACCUGCAGCAAAUGUUAUUUAUCAAUCUUUAAGUAGUUCAAAGACUGUUGUCAAAAAACCAGCAACUUCAGCUGGCCAGUUAGAAGUGCAAGUUAAUGGUACAGAACAAAAGAAAGAUGGAGUAACCAGAAAAUCAAGUACUUUUGAUGAUAGAGGAGCUGUAUUCACCUCAGCUCAAAAUUCAGUUAUUUCACCUCAAACUUCACCCACAAGAAAUUAUCCAAGAACUUCACAGUCUUACUUGGAUCCUCCAAAAGAUGAGAAGGAGAUAAAUGCUGAUUGGAAUGAAAGAACAAACAAGAGAUCAAGCUACUUCUGUGAAUCAGGACCUCAGGUUCAUGCCACAGCCCAUGGUACUCUCCCUUCUCAUGCUUGCUCAAAUACGGAACAGAACCUCCUACAAAACUGCUUGCGAGAGAAAGUAACUUCUGAAGAACUGAAUAGUAUAAUUCAGAAUAUAAUGACCUGGGUUGUAGCUACAGUGACCAGUAUAUUAUACCCAGCCAUCACAAAGUAUGAAGAAAGGUUGCAAACUAAAACAUAUCCAGUGUCUGAUGAAUCUAUCUUCUCAUCAGACAGUUCAAGUUUCUGUAGCACAUGCAGUGAAGAGUUUACAUAUGGAAGCUACACAUCUGCUACAACUAAAACAUUUCAGGGAGAACCCUGUAUGUUUACAGUUGACCUAUCAAUAAAGCGACCAACCACACCUUUAAAACCACCUUCUGCCCAUGUGGAAAGAACAACUGUGGGUAAAACAUAUCACGUGGAAGGGCAAUCUAUAUCAUCUGAACUCAAAUAUAAUAAAACCAGUAUGACAUAUGCAUAUCCUAAGCUCAGAACUUGUAAAUCUGAUAGUCACCUUUUAGCAUCAUUUGAAACAAGCACAAAAAAAUUUAAGGAUGCCACCACUGAAACAGAUGGCUUAGAGAGUCCACGGUUUCCUGAUCAAAAAGCAAAAGCCAUGAAUGAAAUGAAGAAUUUAAAGAACAUUUUUGUUAACUUUAAAUGUCACUUAAAAGGGGAAACUGAAUUGAUUUUAGAAAGUAUUUUUCAAGAAAUAAUGUCUGAUUUAACGCAGGCUAUUCCUUCUAUUUCUUCUGUUACUGCUGAAAUUUUUGUUGAGCAAAAUGAACCUGAAAAAAGAGACUUGCUUUCCAAUGUUGAUAUCUGCUCAGCAGCUUCAGAGAUUGUAGAGAAUAUGCUUGAGAAGCUACAGUCUGCAGUUGAGAAAAAAUGUGUUGAGAUAUUUUCACAAGAAGAUUUGUCAGUUGACAUUAAACCAAGCUUGCCACCCAGUAGAAAAUAUCUCAGUCCAUCAAAUAGAAAAUCUGUAAAGGCUUCACAGCCUUACAAUUUGGAACCCAUGUGUGAUAUUGCUGAGGAUAUGGUACAUGCCAUUUUAGAAAAGCUGAUGACUCUUGCAUCUUGUAAAAAAAAUGAACUUCCAUAUCUUGAAGAUGCAAUUAAACUUUCUGAUCAGCAACCUAUGACAGACCCAACAUACAUGUCCCUCGAAAGAGACAACAAAAUGAAACAUAGUCCUGAACCUGAUGCAGCUAAUUUAAUUGUUAAAGAUCAAAUACAAAAUUUAAUGUCAAAUAUUUUUUCCCAGUCCUCUUUGGUUGGAUAUAUAGAGGAAGCAAUCAGCACUAUACUAGAAUAUGUACAAACUGAACUUAAUAAUGAGAGACUUACUGCAUCUGAAGAAACAGUAGUGUUCCUUCAGCUUCUUGAUGAUAUCUUCACUCAGCUACAUCAAAAGCAAGUAAAUGCAGAUAUUCAAAAAUGCAGACACUCUAGACCAAGAAAUCUUUCUGACACUGAAGAAAAGUACAGACUUACUGGCACUAGAUUAGCUAAUGGUCCUAAAUCUAGAAGAUUGUUUCCACCUAUUAAUGUUCCUGGCAUGGUCCUUUAUUCUGAAGACGAUAAUGAAGAAAUAGACAAAAUUGUGAAAAAUGUGCUUGAUUCAUCUUUCAGAGAUGAAAAGCCAAAAUCACAGAAAGGAGUUCCUGAGAAUUGGUUUACAAAAGGAAACACCAGUUUUGAAUAUAAAAGAAAUAGCAAACCACCUACAAAUGCUGCUUCUCAAAGAAGCAGAGUUGCAUUUUGUGAUGGGGGAUUAAAAACUGAGCUACCAUCUUUUAAUAAGAAAGAAAUUUUAAAGGAAAAACCCUGUCUGAAUACAGACAUCUUGAUUUUCAGCAGAGAUCAAAAGCAUCACAUACAAAAAGCUUCAGAAAACAUAAUUAAAAGUAUUUUAACAGAUAUGCUCAAGGACCUAUCUUCUGUUCCUCCUGGUCCCUUAGACAAUAAAACUGGGAAAGAAGCUUCAGUUCUUGUUUCAGAAAAAUCUCAACGACUAUCAUAUCAAGAACGGAUGGACCAGAUGUUUUCUGUGUCAGAAAUUAGCGCAGUGUCUCAAGAAAUAACAGACGCUGUGUUAAAUAUACUUCAUAAGGCUUCAAGCUGCAUUCCCAAUACGACCAAAAGUUCCAUUUCAUCAUCAGUUCAAACUUCUCUAGGUAUUUCUGAUACUCCACACAUGGUCAAAGAAGCACCAAAUAAAAAGUCAUUAAAAGUAUGGUUUGACAGUGAAAAGAAAGUGAAAUAUUUAUCUUCAUUCAAUGUAGAUCCUUCAAAACCUUCUGUGUCACAAUCUGAAGAAAGUGAACCUCAAUCUAUAGAUGACAUUACUGAUAAGAUCGUUAAUACAGUUUUUAAAAGGCUGAAGUUAUUUAUUUGUCCAAAAUUGCAAAUGGGCCUCAAACCUUCAGUUGUGGAGAAAUCUUCCUUACAAUCUCAACUUAGUUCUUACACAACUAAAGUGGUAAACAUUGUUUUGCGUGCUAUCCAGAAUGAACUAGAACUCAGUAAGAGAAGCCUAAAUCACAGGGAAAGAGACGAUACCAAAUCCCUUACAGAUGAAGGAUUUUUUGCUGAUACUGAUAAAUUAGAAUCUCUUGUCUCAAUUAUGGAAUCUCCAUUGUUAACUUGUAUUUGUGAACUGUUAUCAAGUGGACAUUCUGAUCAAAGCAAUAUAUCACUCCCUUCAGAUAAGCCCAAGCCUGCAACUUCAUAUGGAUCUGAUAGUACUGAUAAACAAAAUAUUUUGCCAAAUAGGCAGGAUAAAAAAUAUUUUUACAAAUAUUUGGCUACUCCAUGUGCUCUCCAUAGUGUUGUAAAUGGAAAAGAUGUCAAAGACAAUGCUAGAUUGCAAGUGUUAGACAGUAUUGGGGAAACACUAUAUGAAAUGUUACUUAAGCUUAUAGGAGCCCAUCCACACCAUCAGCCACCUAAUAGUAAACUAAACAGAGAAAAGAAUGAAAAUCCUGAAAUGGCUACUCCAUUGCAGUCUAAUAUUCAGCUCAUUUCCAAAACAAUUUUGGAAUACAUCCUUGCAAAAUUAUGUAGUGUUGAUAUGGAUACCGGUUUUGCAAGUUCUGGAUUUAAAGCUGUCUCAGAGUCUUUUGAUAUCGACAACCUAUCAUUUGCUUCAAUUAUUGAGGAAAUAGCCAAAUGCACUGACAUAAUCUCCAGCAUCAUUUCCAGGAUGAUUCAGGAGGGUAAUAAAGAUGUGACAAAAAAUAAAGAAAAAACUAUUGCUCUUGUGUCUUCCAAAACAGGGAGCACAAAAGAAACACAUUCAAAUGAACUGAAAGCUCUAGCUUCGGAUAUUCUAAAUGUGGUUUUUGCUAAACUGGAAGGGUUCGCUAAUGGAAAUUUAGAAACUCUCGGUUCUAUUAACAACAGAAAUGAAGAAAACAAUAAGACAAACUUGGAAUAUGAAAGUCCCAGUAUUUUCACAGACACACAUGAGGAACUAUUGCAGUCUGCUUUAUACAUGAAUGCAAAGAGGAUAUCAAGUACCAUUUUGAAAGCUAUUCAAACAGAAUUAAAUAUGAACUCAUUAGAUUUGAGGACAAGUAUAAAUACCCCACCACCUGAGAAACAAAUGCUUAAGAAUAUAGUCAAUUUAAUUUUAGAUGCAGUAUCCUCAGAUAUGUUUAAUGAAACUGAAUCUGAGGAGGGGAGCAUUGAAACUUAUCGAUACAGGCCAUCCUAUGGAAAUUUUCUUCCUGGAGGAGCUGAAUCAGAUUCAUUUCUAGAAGAUGUCUCACAUACAGAGAAAGAAUUCAUUGGGGAGAGAACAUUACUAAGAGAAGAAGCUAAAUCAGAUUCUCUUAAACAAUGGGUUCUAGAAAGAACAUUAAACAAAAUCGAAGUUAAACUCAAAGAACCACAGAAAUCUCCAAUUGUUCCCAUUAUAAGAAAUAUUUUGAAUGAAAUUUUUCAAAACGCUUUGGUCAACCAACUAAAUGUGCUUUCUCUCUCCCACUCUCAUUUAAACAGCAUCAUUCACAAUGUUGAUGGGCCAAUUCCUCAAACAUCUGUUCAAUUUAUAGAUAAAAUUAUAGGCUCUUUAGUGUCUGAAGCAGAUGUAAUCGUAGUGGCAGAUGAUGUUGUUAGAACAGUAUUUCAUAAACUUUACUCAGCUGCUAUGCCGGAAAGAAAUACAAGUGAAAAUAGGUAUAAAACCAUCACCUUUAGAGCAAAUGUUUCUUUACAAGAACACACCAGAUUCAGUGUUGACAAACAGGCCAAAGUAAAUGUAGUUGAAGAUAUUGUACAGGCAAUAUUAACAAAUUUAGAGACUUUUGCUACUUCCAAAGUAAAAUCUCUCUUCUGUCCCCAAAUCAGCUUCACCAUUCCAACGGCUUUAUCUUUUCAGCAGGAUAAAAGUGCAUUAAGCAAAGCAUUCUCGGCCAAAGAUUUGUAUUCUGAUGAUCACUUGUCCUCUUGCUCAGUGGAUCAUAUUACAUCAGAAAAGACCAAAUCAGUGUGCCAACUCUCUUUGAAUAAAUUAAAUACGUAUGCAACAGAAGUGGCUAGAAAAAUUUUACAAGGAAUCAAACAUGAGUUAGAUAAAGAAAGGGAAAGUCCUUUCUCAACUCAUAACAUUGUGGUUUCUGAAAGUAUCGCAAGCCAAGUUGUUAACACAGUAUUAGAUAUCGUAUCAUCAAAAGGCAUAUGUGACAAAAACAAUUCUGAGAAAGAGAUUAAUUCAGAUCAAAAAGAAGGUAUUAUUGAAAAGCUGUUUAAUAAGACCGAAUAUAGAAAAGUACUUCAGUUUCAAAUACAAGAUAUCAUUGAAGGUAUCUUAUGUGAUAUUUAUGAAAAAACAGUGUAUCAAAAUAAUCUAUCAUGUGCCACACCCACUCUGAAAUGUAGCAUAACUGGGAAACAUUCCAGAGAAAAUUCUGAAAUAUUCAUCAAGGAUGCAAAUAAAAUUAUUCCAAAACUUUCAGUUCCUAAAUCAGAUGUCAUUUUCAUAUCUAAUGAUAUAGUGGAUAUUGUUCUUCAUAAUCUCAGUUCUACUGUCCGGCUUAGCAUAAAUGCAAAAAAUCCUACAUCUGCAAGAUUGCCCCUGACCUUUUGUGACAUAUUUUCAAAAGCAGAGUGUCAACAGCCUCCUCUUACGGGGUCAAAAAGUGAAAUAAAGACAGAGUAUUUGCCAUCCUCAAGAAAUCUGAAAUCAGCUUACGCUGAUGAUUGUCAGAUAACUACAGUAGAGAAAGAAGAUGCCAAGAAACCUGCUCCUGACCCAUGUGAGGAAAAUGCUAACUUCAUUACUAAAACUAUUUUCAAUCGGUUAGAAGCUUUUGCCACAGAAAGAAUAGACUCAUUAAUUACUCUUGCUUUCCAGUCUAAAGAAAAGUCAAUUGCUAGCCUGGAACAGGAAAAUUAUAAACAAGAAGAUAGCCUCUUUCAUGAAUCAAGCCAAGAGGAAUCAAAUGUGAAUGCCCUGAAAAUAUCCACUAAAACAAUCCUCAGCCAAGAGCUCACAGAUUCCACUUUUGCAAGUUACAAAGAAAAUGUUCAGCCCACAAUUCAUCUCUCACGAGCUAGUCUUAAAGAAUAUGCAGACAUCAUUGCCAGUGCCAUUUUGAAGCUUAUUAAAAAUGACUUAGACUUAGAAAUUCAAAAGAUGUAUCCAUAUCCAAACAACAUUUCAUUCCAAGAAAAUAUCAUUGUGAGUGGAAUUGUCAGUAGUAUCUUAAAGAGUUUAUAUGAUAAAAGAUCUGCAAAGGAAAUAAGUGUUUACUCAAAAGACAAUCCUAAAUUAUUUUCACAACUAACAGCAUCAAAUGAAAUAUUGCUGGGACAAAGAGAGCAGGAAAAAAACAAAUUAUCUCCAUUUUCAAAAUAUCCAUUGGAACAAAACCAAAUAACAUUGGAAAAAGAAAGCCAGAGAAUUGUUUUGGAAGAAAUAUUUAUGAGAAAUGGAAAAUCGAAACAAAAAGAAAAAAAUGAAUUGCUCAGUGGAGUGCAAGAGGUUUUAACUAAAUUGCAUCAAAGAAUAAUGGAUAUCAUAGGCCAUUUGCCUCCAUUUAAUGAUAUCCCCCAUUUAACAUCUAACUCUAAAAUUAAAACAUCAGACAUAACACAAAAAAACUUUCAAUCACAGAUUAACAGGGUAGCAAAUGACAUUGUUGAAAGUGUUUGGGGGAAAAUGUACUCUAUAGUUGUUACAUCAUUAAAUGAAAGUAACAAAAAAGCAGAAGCAUCUGACAACAAAGAUACCUUGUCUAAGAAAGCAACCUGCAUCAAAGAAACUAAACAAGCAGGAAAAGGAAGUAAUUCCCCCAAAUAUGUGACACCACAAGGUUAUUCUUAUGCAGGCAGUCAAAGUGUCUCUCUAUUAGAAGACAAAUUUUUGCAGUAUUCACCACUGCAAUUGGGGAAGGAUUUAGUCGAAAUGGUUCUUAAUAAGAUCAUAAAUUUUGCCUCAAUUCAUCUAGAAGAGACUUUGUCCCCUGAAAAUUGUUCUGAUGAGUUGCAACCUGUAAAGUCACAUAACUCUAAAGUGAGCUCUAAGAGCAGCUCUAAACCAGAUUUUAAAACAAGUUUAAAAGCAAGAUCAAAAGUUACUCCUUUGCCUAAAUUUAGAACAAAAUCACACCUAGGACCUAGUGGUGCUAAGGUCAAAAGCAAGACCAAGUUAGGUCCUGGAGAGAAGACUCCAAGAGACAGCCAGUCCAAGACUACCACUGGGCUGCCACACACACUAUCAACAGGAGAUGCCAAAAACUUACUGGAAAUGAGAUUGCCCAAUUCAGAACUAAGAAUGUAUGCCAAGGAUAUAGUAAGUAGUAUUCUGGAAACAACUGUGAAAGAAUUUGAAAAGGUGAAGCAAACUAGAGCAAUGAUAAAUGUUAAAGCUUUACCAUCUGAUCAAAUCAUGGCAGCAAAUAAAAUAGUUAAUGCAGUUUUGCAAGGAUUAUAUGCUACAAGUAACCACAAUUUGGUUUAUCCAAUCAAAUUCUCACAUGUGGAUGAUCUCAAACUUUCACAGGGGAAUUCAGAUGCAGAGUAUCUUGCCAAACCACAAGCAUGUUUUUACCUGGAAAAUGUUUCUUCACAGCUCGAACAGAUUUUUCCUAAAGAAGGUAUAUUUAAAAAAAUGUUUGACAAAUGGCAAGCAGAAUCAAAUGAUAUGGAAAAUGAGAAGUGUAAGCUAAUGAUGAUAGCUGAAAAUGUUUUGACUGAAAUUCCAAUAAAAACAAAAGAAUUAGAAUAUUCUCUUUCACUUUUAAAUUUGCAUCAACUUGAGGAUUGUGAAAGCAGGUGUUAUAAUCAUUUCAAAGGGGCUUCUACUAGAGUUGAAGAUACAAAAGCACAAAUUAAUAUGUUUGGAAGAGAAAUUGUUGAAAUGCUAUUUGAAAAAUUGCAGCUGUGUUUUUUGUCCCAGGUACCCUUCCCAGAUAGGAAAGGAACUCUAGGAAAUAGGAAAGAACAUAUUAGUACUAAAAGUAAAUAUGAUUUGCCAGUCAAGGACAUCCUCAGCAGUGUACCAAUAUAUAACACAAAGACAGUAGACCAAAUUUCUUUGGGCUCCAGCAACCAAAUUGUUCGAGAUAUUGUAGAAAGGGUUUUAAAUAUUUUAGAGUCAUUUGUAGACUUGCAGUUUAAAUAUAUCUCUAAAUAUGAGUUUUCUGAAAUAGUGAAAAUGCCUAUAGAAAACUUUUUUCCUCUCCAACAAGGACUAGUAAGCAAAAAGAUGUUGCCAAAAUUACAACCACUAAAAAAGUUUCCUAACGAAUCCAAUUCAAAUACUAUUAUUUCCAAAGAAAACAUACAGAAGACCAUCCUACAGAUUCACUCAUUCCAUUCAGAAUUAGUUACAUAUGCUAUUAAUAUUGUCAGUGACAUGCUCAGUGUAAUUAAGAACAAGCUAGACAAAGAAAUAAGCCAAGUGGAACCAUCUUCAAUUAGCACGUUGAAAGAAACCGUUAUAGCAAGUGAGAUCAUUGGCACACUGAUGGGCCAGUGUACUCAUAUCAAUAACCUUCCAAAGAAAAGUUUGUUCCAAGGAGCAGAAAACACCUAUAUUGUUAAUCAAGUUGAAUUAGCAACUUAUAUGAAAAUGCCCACAUCAAAGUUAAAGGAAUUUAGUUCUGGGAAUAAUCCUUCACAAAUCAGUGUACCUGGUUUUGUGUGUUACUCAGAGGAAAGUAUGAAAAAAAAGUAUAAGCCUUCAUCAAAAUUACCCUCACAUCCCAGAGCCUCUGUAGAAGAUACAAUUAAAAGCUCAGAGCCAAUGGAAAGGCUUGAUUCGGAAAAUGUACCAUCAUGCUUUAAAAAUGAAGUACAAGACUAUAGUCCAAGGGAAUCAAACUUUGGCCAUUUUGACCAAUUAAUGCAAGGAAAUAACUCUCUCCCUGAAGGCAGUGUCUUACAAAAACUGUUUAAGAAAGCAACUGAGUCCACAGAAGCAGCAUUAAAGCAAGUGAUGUCAUUCAUAGAAAUAGGAAAAGGUGAAAAUCCAAGAGUAUUUCAUUUUGAAACUCUAAAGCCAGUUGAGCCAAACCAAAUUCAGACAACUGUUUCUCCACUCAAAAUAUCUUUAGCUGCAGAAAAUAUUGUCAAUACUGUGCUGUCAAGCUAUGGCUUUCCAAGUCAACCACACAUUAAUGAAAACAUGGAAACAAGGAAACCAUUUUUCCUAUCGAAGCAAAACCCUUUGUCUGUAAUAUCCGGAGGACAAAAGAAUGAGGAGAAAAGUUUGCUUAGAAUGUGGGAUAAAAAAAUAAGCUAUAUACCUGAAGAAGAAAAUAAAAAACCUGAAGCCAGCAGGGAAAAUUUUUCUUUAUUGCAAAAAUGGGAAAGUAAGAGAUCCCCAAAUGGAAAGGCUCUGAAGGAAGUUAAAGUAAUUGCUUUUGCUGAUCAUGAACUGGGUCCAAAGGAAAUUCAUUUGGUAGCAAGACAUAUCUCUACAUCUCUGGUCACAUAUUUCAAGAAUUUUGAAACUAGAGUUUCCAGUGAGGAGAAGGUGUCUAUUAUUUCUACAUUGUCAAGGAAAAAAUGUGAAUCAAAACAGCCUCUAAGAAGUAUCUACAAUGAUUCUUCACUUAAUCAACUCUGUGAACAUCUCACUGAGUCUAUCAUUUGCCAUUUAACUUCAAGCAUUUCUGGUAACACCAAAGAUAGCAGAGAAAGGGAGAAAAUACUGGAAAGCCAAAAUGUAGGAUUUAACAAGAUUAUUUCUAUUGAUUCUCAAACGUUUGAAAGCAGGUCAAUUUCUAUUGGAGAACUUGCUUUAAGUAUUUCUGAUAUUGUUACUGAAAUCCUUUUUAACAGUAACAUUAUAGAGGUUGACAUUGCACAGCAAAUGUUUCCUUUAAAAACAAAGUACAUUUACUGCCCAAGAGUAGCUUCUGCUGACUUUGAUAAUCUCUUUCAGGAUCUCUUAACAGGAGUGAUUCAUGUAAUGUCCAAAGAAAUAGGAAUAAACCAUCAUCUUGAAAACAAUGGAAGAGAAAAAUCAUUUUCCAUGUUUAGAAGAAAUAGUGUGACCAUUUGCAAUGAAACAAAUACCAUGGAAAGACAGAAAGGCUUCAGAGAUCGGAAAUCAUCUAAUUACCAAACUGAUCAUCUCCUUCAAAAAAGUAAAUUUAAUUAUCUGGCAUAUAAGUUAGACAAUCUGAUUGGUACCCUAAAAACUCGUGAAUCCAAAGAAGUAGUCAAUAAAGUUUUUAAUAUUGUUUUAGAUUUAUUUUUACCAGAUGAACAUCCAAGUGAAGCCAUGAAUUCUGAUAAAAAAGCAGGAACAUUUUUUCCAUCCUCAGAUGAUCAGCAAAGUAAUAGCCUACUUGGAAAUAACUUAGGCCUCACCCCCAAAUCAGUUUUUCUUCUCAACAUUGUGUGUGAGAAACUUAUCAGAACACUUUUGGAAAAAUGCACAAACACUGUUUUAUUUGAUAAUAGCCCUCUUUCCAAUAAAAUAUCAGCAGAAGAAUGUAAACUUUUAAAAACACUGCAAAGUGUAGAAGAUGAAGAAUUUGAUUACUGUAAGGGAGAAAUGGACUGCGAACAAUUUGAAGGAGAUUAUAUGUCAGACUUUUUAGAAAAUCUGGCAGAAAUGGAUCAAGAUUUAUUAUCAUCAGACUCUAUGCUUACUGUUAUUUCCCAUAGCUUGGUUAAAUCAUUGAUGGACAAACUAUGUCACAGUGUACAACUCCCACAAAGCCCACCUUUUGCAAACAAGCCUUUGAAGUAUACAAGAAAAGAAAUGCAGUCUAGUUUCAUAAAUGCAAAAGGGCCAGAAUUAACAGAAUUAGGACAAGGUAAAUCCUUUUUAGGAUUCAUGAGUUACAAUGGUAAUGCUUUGACAGGGUCCCUGAAUAAUCCCAGUGGGGUUAGCUCCAAAGUAAAAGCACCAUUUGGCAAGAAAUGUUCAGUAAAUUCCACCUCUGUGUCACCUCUCAAAAGACAGGGAACAAAAGAUGUGGAUUCAAUACCCAUCCAUAAUAAGCUCUAUCCAGGAGAUAUAAAUACAGGUGUGUACUCAGCCACGUUUUUGGAGGAAAUAAUUUCAGAACUGUUUUUUAAUCUCUCUACUUCACUGUGGGACAAAAACAAAAAUAUCACUGAGGACUGGCUCUAUGAGAUGAAUACAAUAUUUGUCAACAAUGUAGUCAAUGAGUUUAAUAAGGCACAAGUUACCGUUUUACGGAAUGUUGAAGAAAGGCUGUGUUUUCCACCAAUCCAUAAAGAAACUAUUAGUAGAAUUGUUGACUCAGUUUAUUAUGAUGUUUUACAGCAAUAUAAAGUGAAAGUGACCUAUGAUGAUAAUCAAGCAUGUGACAAUACCUCAAUAGCAGAACAAAUAACUAAUGGCAUAUUGUCAGAGAUUUUAGAUUACCAACUCCCAUCUUGCUUCAGAGGAAAGCUCAUUCCAAAUUCCUAUUACCCUCUCCAAGCUGAAAUUAUAUUGCAGAAACUUCAAAAUAACAUGAGAAAAUUUACUUCCCAGUUUAGGUCUUCAACAAGCUACAGCACCAUGUUGUCCCACUCAUUUUUGGAAGAUAUCAUCCGAAGACUUUUAUCUCAACUCAUUCCUUCACCCAACAAGGCUUCCCCUUUGGGGAACAAAUAUUUCAUGAGUUCUGAUUUCAAUGAAAUGUCUACCUGUAUAAUAAAUAAGGUUAUAUCAGCCAUUUCAAAACAUAAAAUUUGGUUCACUAUAUAUGAUAAUCAGUAUCUAUGUACUGGAAAAAACCUCCAGAAGAUGGUAGAUUCUGUUUAUAGUAAUAUUGUGCAAAUGUCCGAGUCUGUUGUUUCAAUACAGAAAAGUAUAGUCAGCCGAAGCCCAAUUAUGACUGACCGAAUAGCCAGUUUUAUUAUCCAAGAGAUUAUUGAAAAUCAUCUUCAGCCAUUUUUGUGUGGAGAAGGUUUACCUCGUCCAAAGACUCCAUUGGAUGUAGUAUCAAAUAUGGUUAAGCAGGUUCUUAAUGAAGUCACAGAGUCACACAGAUUCCAGACACCAUCACCCGUAGGUAUUUAUCCUGAGACAUUUGUAGGGGAAAUUGUUGCCAGACUUUUAUCAAAGAUUUUUAGUCCAAAGCAUGACACUGAAAUUGAACUGGAAAAUAUGACCCAAAAAAUAGUAAACUCAAUAAAUAGGCAUUUUAACAAAGCUAAAAUUCACUUUCUAUAUGAUGACAAAAAACAAUCUUACACCUCUGUAAAUCUAGAUAUUGUGGAUGAACUUGUCAACUCAAUUUAUAGAAAUGUUUUAAAACAGCAUGGGCUAGACCCCAAAGUUGAUAAAGAGUCUAAAGACAGUGAUAUUUUUGUGGAAAAUAUUACCAAUUUAAUUAUAGCAGCUAUUUCAGAUUACCUUCUUCAUCCACUCUUUUCUGGCGAUUUGUCAUCAUCUUCUCAUUCAAUUUCAAUGGCUGAGAAUAUUGUUCGGGACAUUCUUGAUAACAUCAGUAAAUCUACCAAGCCAAGUCCGAGUUUAUCUCCAUAUAACACUCUGCUUCCAUACACGUUUUUAGAAGACAUGAUAAGAGUGCUAUUAUCUAGAAUCUUUCCUUCUGCAUCUAGCAUUGUUCCAGACAGAGAAACUCCAAAAGACAGAUCUAGAGCAAAUUUCAAUGAAAUUGCUUCAAAGAUAAUCAGUGAUAUUAGGAUGAAAAUUUCCCAACAUGAAAUUCGAUUUUCCAAAAAUGAAGAAGAAACUAAGUUUGUUUAUUCAGAAGAUGAUGUUCAGCAUCUUGUUGACUCAGUAUUCAAAAAUAUUUCACAAAACUCUGAGUCUCAAGAACCAUUUGAGCAAAAUAUCACAAGCAGUAGUGAUAUUUUUAUUGAUAGAAUAGCAGGGUUUAUCAUUAAACAUAUCUGUCAACAACAUCUUCAGCCAUUUGUGGAUGGAAAUGUAUUACCUUCUUCAUCAUACACAUAUUUGGACAAUAAGAAAAAGCAGUGGUUUUAUGCCACUGUUUAUUCCUCAACUUUUUUGGAAGAUGUAGUCUCUGGGGUUUUAAGCAAAAUACUCCACAGGGUAUUAGGCAUUGUACAAACAAAACCAGUAAGAGAUUCAGAAGAUGAACUGUUUGAUAAAGCUGAGAAACUCAUACAUUUGAUAACAGAGGAAUUCUCAAACUUUGAAGUUAGCAUUCUAGAAAAUGCUGAGGAACAAUUGUGUUUGCCUCCAGUGGAGAGAGAAAUAGUCAAGAACAUUAUUGAUGAGGUGUACAGCAAACUUCUGCAAGAAUAUGAGAUGGAAAUAACACCUGACAAAGAUUUUCUAAAUGACACAAAGACAUUAGCUGCAAGGAUAACCAAAAUCAUCCUUGCUGAAACUUUUGAUUUCCAAAUUCAUCCAAACCUUGUAAGAAAGCUUCCUUUAAAGCCACACUCCAAACUCAAUACUAAUGUUUUGAUGAAGAGGGUUCAAUGUAACAUUACCAAAUCAAGAUUUCAAAGGCAGACAUCAACAAUAUAUACUACCAUGUUAUCACAUACUCAUUUGGAAAAAAUUGUCACUCAGCUUAUAUCUCAGAUGAGUCCAUUGGCCUCCAGAACAGAACACCCAACUACUACUCAAUCAAAUCUAAGUAAUACAGUCAUAAAACUGAUAAAUGAAAUUAUGUCAAUAAUUUCAAAACAUGCAAUAUGUAUUAUUAAACAUGGAAAUGAAAAACAAAGUAUGAUUUCAGAAAAAGAUAUCCAAUCUAUGAUUGAUUCCAUCUAUGCUGAUCUUUCAUAUUUGAAUUUAUACCAAUCUCUUACAAAAGAUAAAAAAGGUAUAAGUAACAUACCUGUUUCAAAAAUAGCAAGUUUUAUAAUAAAAGAAAUCUUUAACCACCAUCUUCAGUCAUUUUUAUCUGGAGAUAAAACUCUUGAUUCAUCUGCAGUUGAUCAAGUAUAUAAACAGAAUGUAGCAGAUCCUAAACAAAGAGAGUUGUCCUUCAUUGUGAACUCAGCUUUCUUUUUGGAGGAAGUAAUUUCUGAGCUUUUAUGUAAACUCCUUUAUGCAUUCUCACAUAAUUUCUUGGCUGCUGAAAACCCAGAUACAGUAAAAACCAAAAUUGCCAGCAUUGUUACAACCUUAGUAAACUCAAUUGUGCAGGAGUUUACCACAUCAGAGAUUUUAGUUGCAGAUAACUUUGAUGAUGAUAUGCGUUUUUCAGAAGGAUAUAAAGAAAUUGUUCAAAAAACAGUCAACCUUAUUUAUGAAAAAAUUUUAGAUGAAUAUAAAUCUCUGAUUCAAGUAUACAGGGCUAUACAAAGUGACAUUGUUUGUUUUGGAAGAAAAAUAUAUUAUUUGAUAUUAGAGGAAAUUUAUGAUUAUCAGGUGCAAUCAUUAGUUUCAGGAGAAUUAGUGUCUUCUUCUUAUUCUUCCCCGCAAGCUGAUAAUAUCAUCAAAAAUGUGCUCAAAGUAAUCACAAGUGAUAGCCAUACCUUACCAUCAUGUAUUACUGUGCUGCCUCGUUCUCUUCUGGAAGAUAUGAUUUACAAGCUGCUAGUGCAUAUCUUCCCUUCACCUGACACUGAAAGUGAACUAAAAGAGGAAGAAGUUACCUCAGAUUAUGAGUUUGUAGAUGCAACUUCAAAGCUGACAGAUGAAAUUAUCAAAGAAAUUUCUGAACAUGAGAUCCGUCUUGCCACAGCAGAGGAGAAUGCAGAAACUAUGCAAUUAGAAAUGAUUGAGAAUUUGGUUGACUCUAUAUGUAAUAAUAUUUUGAAAAAAUCUGAAUUUCAAGCUGAAGUACAGAAAGGUGCAGACAAAAAAGGAGGCUCAUUCCUCAGUAAAGUAGCUGGAUUCAUCAUGAAGGAAAUCAUGGAUCAUCAUCUACAGCCAUUUUUACAUAGUGAAGAAUCUUCCAGUGAUGUAUCUGAUUAUGGGCAAAAGUCUGUACUUAGUAAACCUGAUAAAGAAAAGACACAGCCUGCUCUAUAUUCAGCUACAUUUUUGGAAGAUGUAAUUGUUGACCUUGUUCAUAAAUUUUAUUCUCUUCCAAGUAUUACUGAAGUUUCUAAAAAAGAAAUGCUAGAGCCUGACAUUGUGGGCUUAGCUAUAAAAUUUGCAAAUUCUCUGAUAGGAGAAUUUAGGAAAAGUAAAAUUAAAGUUCUACCAAAUGCUGAGGAAAUGUUUUCUUUUCCACCAAUUGAUAAAGAAACAGUUGACAAGAUAUCUAAUUUUGUAUAUGAUCAGUUCAUAGGAAAAUAUGGCUCUAGUGAUAUUCAGAAGGAUGACAAAAGUAACGUUGUAGCAGAAAUGAUUGCUGCUUUAGCUCAGAAGGCAAUCUCUGCUUUCAAGAUUCAACCACUUUUUUCGGGAGACUGGUCUUCCACCUUCUUUUCAUUUCUAAAUCCAGAUAACAUCACCCAAAGGGUUCAGCACCUACCACAGCAAACCUCUACACAGAUAAACAGAUGCUUGAAAGGGAAUGAACUUGCUUUACCAAAACAAUCAUAUAAAGACACUUCUGUAACCACAGGCCAGAAAAAUGUGUCAGACACUUUGGAAAGAGAUAGUGGUAAAAUAAGUAGAAAGAAAAGUUUCAAAACUGAAGAGACAUCAAUGAAAAAAGGUGACAUCCAAGAUCCAGUAGUUACCUCUAUAACUACAAUUAUGAAAAGCAACAUGAAUAACAUGUUAUCAGUGCCAGCUGCAAAUGUGACAAAUGAAAAUAAAGAGACAGAAAAUAAAAUGGAAAUUUCAAUAAAAUACGAGAAUGUAUCAGGAGUCACUUGCCCAACUACUAGUGUGAAACAUAAAGACAGGCAGGAACCAGAUUUGAGGGUAACUCUUAAAAAUAAUGAAAUUGAGAAGAUAAGCAUAUCAGCGUCAAAGGAUGAGAGGAGACAAGGUAAUAAGUUACACACACAAUCUCCAGUAGUUACUGAUGUUACAGUAUAUGAGGAGGAAAUACCUGGACCAAAUUUUGAAAUAAACAAUGAAAAGAAGAUUGAAAAAACAAGGGAAAAUACAUCAAAAGAGGAAGACAAGCCCUUUCAGUUAUCCUUGACAUCCAAAGUGAGGAACACAGAGACCACAACAGAAAAUAUUUUGAAAACAGUUGUCCAAAAGCCAAAAAAAGAGGAUGAAAAAGACCUUCCAUCUCAAACAGAUAUAAAUGAGAAACAGUACUCAGAUUAUGAAUACGUUCAAAAUGUCAUUGAAAACAUUUAUGACAAUAUUUUAGAAUUAUAUCCUUCUCCAGAAUCAGCAGAUUAUUCAAAACCCCAAACUCCCCUAAAUGAUACAACAUCACAUGUAAUUCAAGAAGUUAGCCAAGAUUUUACACAGUCUGUUUCAACAAAAGAUUCAUCCCUCUCAAUUAACAAAAAUCUUCCAAUCAAAGAGAAAGAGGAAAAAGAGAAAGUGAGAAGUAUAGAAAGAAGGAAGGAGAUAGAGAGAGAGAAAGAAAAAGAGAGAGAGAGUAAGAGAGGGAAAAGAUCAGAAAAUGUGAAAAAUAAGGAGAUUAAAAAUGAACCUAGUAAAUCAGUCAGUCCUCAAUACCCAUCAAAAAGUAAACCUGGAAUUGUUCCUGCUAAAUUUUUAGAAGAUGUUAUCAUCGAGAUGGUUAACAAAUUGCUCUUUUCUUCAUCAUCAGAAACACGAAUAGGUGACAGAUGUCAAAAUGUAAGUGAUGAUGGUAAAAAUCAAGCUGAACUUUAUGAUAUAGCUAUGAAAUUUAUGGAGUCACUGUUGAAGGAAUUUUCAGAUGCUCAAAUUAAGGUAUUUAGGCCACAUAAGGGAAAUCAGUUUUUUCCACCUGUUGAUAAAGUGUCAUCAGUUCCUAAAGCACUUCCCAGGCAUAAAGAAACAACUACAGACAAAACAUCAUCUGACAUUAACAAAAUAACUGUGGAUAAAAUGCCACUUAUGCAUAAAAUGACUGAAACACUGUCAUCAAAUAAGAUACCCUUCCUAGAUAAAAUACAAGUAAUUGAUAAAACAUUGGUCAACAAAGUUGUCCAUUCUUCUGUGUGCAAUAUUUUGAAGGAAUAUAAAUCUCAAGACUUGAUUUGUAAGAAUAUUAAAAAUAAUGGGGAAAAUUUAGCACGAAGACUAACCAGUGCAGUGAUAAAUGAAAUUUUUCAACAUCGGCUUAAUUUCGUAUUUUGUGAUGAGGUUCCAACUUCAGCAUGUUUGCCUCUGGAAUCUAAGGAUGUUGUUGGAAAGGUCCAAAAGGUGGUACAAACAGCCAGCAAAGAAUGUCAACCAUUAUCACCAUCUAUCAUCAUGCUGCCUCAUGAAUUUUUGGAAAAUGUUAUUUCUGCUCUUUUAGCCAAAAUUUUUUCAACAGUAUCCAACACUGAAGUAGAAACAUCUGAGUACAAUUGGUUCACAGAACUGGAUUUCCUUCAAAUGAAAUUAUUAAAUACAGUUACAAUAGCAAUCUCCAAAGAUAAAGAUAUGACCAUACAAUAUGUGGAACCUUUACAUCCCAAUGAUGAUGAAAUUAUUCAAUUAGUGAUUCAUUCGAUUUAUAAUAAUCUCUUGUCACAGUAUGGAUCACAAGAGAUAAUACAAAAUUGUGUAGCCAGUGGAUGCAGAAUCCUUUCAGAAACAAUAGUUGACUUAGUCCUGAAAGAAGUGACUGGCAGUCAAUUGCAAAACUAUUUUUCUGGAGAGCUAACUCCACAUCAGUGUGCAGAAGUUGACAGUGUUGUUGAAAAUAUUCUUAAAGAUGUUAUCCAAACUCCUGAUGCUCUCCAGCCUCAACCAUCACACGUUCGUAUACUGCCUUAUAAUAUAAUAGAAGAAACUGCUGUAAAAUUUUUAUCAAAGCUUUUAUCUGUGUUUCCAAAAGUGGAUAAGGAAAGAACCAAAUCUCUAGAAACUGACAUGCAAAAAAUAAGCUCAAAAAUAUUAAAUUCAGUACAAGAAUUUAUCUCCAAAAGUAAGAUUAAACUUGUAUCACCAGCCAAGGAAUUCCCUACUAUACCUUUAGCUAACAAUGAAACUAUUGAAAAAGUAGUUAAUUCUGUUUAUGCCAGUGUUUUAAAGCACUCUGGCUCACACACUUCUGUAUUUAAAGAUUUAAUGGGUAAAAGUAAUGUCCUCUCUGAUAUAAUAGGUCUUUUAAUGGUGAAGGAAAUUUCCAAUUCUGAAUUUCAACCUCAAGUAGAGGACAAAGUAUCAAGUUCAGGAUUAGUUCUGGAAGCUGUCAAAAUUAUGGAAAAAGUGCUCAAAACUGCUGAUGAAUUUAAGUCUCAGGAAAAGUCUUCAUCCAAAAAAGGUUCUAUGUUAGAUGCCAGGUUUUUAGAGGAAGCAUUGGCCUUGUUUUUGGCUAAGAUAGUAAAGUUGCCAAGUGCCUCAAGCAAAGAUGCAAAAAAUUUAUCAAAGCCGGAGUUAAAUAAAAUUGCAUCUCAACUUACGAAAUCUGUGACAGCUGAAAUUUCCCAAAGUAAUAUUAAUCUUGUUGCUGCUAAUCCUGAAGAACACCUUUUAAAUCCAGAAAGUAUAGAAAUGAUUUCUCAGGUUAUUGAUUCUGUUUAUAGUAAUGUACUCCAACAGUCUGGAACCCAGGAAGAACUUUAUGAUGAUAUAAAAUGUACAAACACUGUUUUCCCUAGAAAAGUGGCUAGUUUAAUUAUUAGUGGAGUUUCACAAUUUCCAUUAGAUACAGUUACCAGAAAGAAUCCAAAUGCUAAUCUCUUUGGAAAUCUAGAUGUUGAUAGAAUUAUUCAAAAGGCCCAAAAGCAUGCUGCUAUUGAUAUAACACACGAGUUAGAGGAAGAAGAGUCAUAUCAAGAUUCAACUGGAAAUUUUCCAAUUAAAAUAGUUCCUCAUUUUGGGAAUAAACCCAUCAAAAUAGAUCCAGAAAUUAUCUCAGAACACUUAGCAGUAAUUUCUGUAAAAACUCAACCUCUUGAGAAACUCAAGAUGGAGUGUUUAAAAAACACUGGACAUAGUAUAACAGAACUGAGAAAGGCAUCAAUAAAUGGGAGAAGCUACUCCUUACCAGACACAUCCAAUGUAGAAAAGAUAAAGAAAGAAAGACGUUCCUCAUUGAAUAAGUUGGGACGACUGGAUGUAAAACCCUUUGAGGCUGUUUGCAGAAAUUCAUUUCAGAAUAUAAGAAAGCCUGAUAUCACCAAGGUAGAGCUUUUAAAAGAUGUUCAGAACAAAAAAGAUCUUAUCAUUCGGUUAGUAGCUCAUGAUAUUGAUCAAGAAGAUUCAGCAAGUACCAUAGAAGAGGAACUAAUGUCUGAAGAUGAAGUUGUUUUAAAAGAGAUUGUACAAGAAGAAUGCUUAAGAGAACAAUUUGAAGACCAAGUGAAAGAAGCCAAGAAGCCAGUAGAAAGCAAAGUUGUCUCUCCCAAGCCAACAAUAAGCACAAGCAGCCUGAAAAAGUUUUUGUCUCUAAGCAAAUGUUGUCAGCCCACAUCCAGUGUAAAUAUUGAAAGUACUGAAGCAACCUCAAAUCAUAUAAUAGAACCAAAAGAGAGAAAAGUUAAAAGAGCUAUUGCUGAGAUUGACAUGGCCACAUGCUCAGCAACCAUAACUGAAACAGGCUCUCAGGAGAAAAAAACACAGAAUAAGAAAGAAAAAAGGAAUCCUAGUACUGAACCAACACAUUACUUCAUACAUAGAAUCAUGAGUUCAUCUUCAUACAACCAAGAAGAUCUGAUUUCAUCUACCAGUGAGACUGAAGAUUUUACCUCAGAUUCAAGUGACAAAUUAUUACAAGGAAAUUCUCAAGAGCAAAGACCAGAGAGUUCCAACAGUGUCAAGUUUAUCACCAUCUUUGAAGGAAACAAGAAUAUUACUGACAGUGCAUAUUCCUCAAAAGAAUUCAUUUCAGAAACUCUCAAGCCUAGUAUUUCCAAACAAGGAUCUAAAAUGCUGGCAAAGGUAUCUUCAGCUCUGUCAAAGGUGUUUUCUCGAACUAACACCAAUAUUUCCAAAUCUUCCUCACCACCUCACCAGGAUGAGCACUGAAGUUUUUAUACCUGAUAUAACCAUGCUUACUUUCCUUAGGAAAUAAAAUGGUUUUA